AUGGAUUUAGACAUUCAGCUUCCAUAUUUGAAGAGAGACGAUCUGUAUCGUCACCAAAAGCCCUACACCACGGACUUCGCCAUCGACCAUAUACCAGACUCAGUGGCGAGUAACCAUCGUUUCGAUUAUCAGAAUGUACAUGUCGUGGACGCACAGGAUUCGCCAGGAAAGUUUGACCUAGAGCGACACGGCUUCUGUUUUGUUAAAGCUGAAACAGCUAUCUCUAUAGAAUCAGCAAAUGAUACGGAGUACGUACGGGAUAUUUACUUUCCACAAGUAGAGAAAGCUUUGCACAUGGCUUUGCCAGGAUAUGAGCGGAUUGAUUACUUGGACCAUCUGGUCCGCAUUCGAGACGAGGCCUUCCCAGACAAGGUUGGUGAGCCGACAACGUAUGCUCAGCCAGCCUGCUUGCCACACUCAGACUUUAGUAAACAUGGCGGAUUUCUUGCGAUGAAGGAGUUCUUCCCCGGACAGGAACCAUUCUUCGAGAACAGGGAUUUUGAUUUGAUCAAUGUAUGGCGAGUCUUGCGAGGGCCAAACAAUGACUGGCCGCUGGCCGUUUGCGACUACCAAAGUGUUGACUUGGAAGUGGACACCAUAAAAUGUGAUGUACUCCACGAGUCAUGUGUCGGAGAGAACGUGGUUCUGUUCAGGAACCAGAAGCAUAAAUGGUUUUAUCUCAGUUCCCAAGGCGUUGACGACAUCAUUGUCUUUCGAAACACGUCUUCCAAAGAACAGCGGUCGGUUUGCUUUCACGCAGCAUUUGACACUGGCCUUGAGGCUACCGACCCUCGACAUAGCAUUGAGCUUCGAGUCGUGGCAUUCCGCCCCGGCGGUGAACCAUAUGAACAGAAAUAA